AUGGACAUCACUGGAGACAAUGCUGAGGCGGUCGAUGCAAUGACCAAUGUUGCCGUCGACAAGGACCAUGAGAAGGACGACAAGGUGCUCGGUGUUUUCAUUCCCAAGAACGUGGACAGCCGCACCUUGCCUUCGGCCGACGAUCUUCGCAAUGGCACCAAGGAACAGUACGGUGACUCCCUGCUUGUUGUUGUUGAUCGAGAGGACGAGAAGAACUCUGGCGUUCGUGGUCAACCUCCAUGCAUCGCCUUCAUCCGUAUUGGCAAGAGCAGCGAGAAGGUCCUCCCGCUGCGCGACGAUCCCCAGAAGCAGCUCGGCAGAUUGGGUCAUCCCGACGUUACUGUCGACUUUGACAGCACCAAGAUCGCUCCAGGCCUUCGCAUCGAGUUCAAGUUGUACGAGAGUGUAGCCAUGGCCAAGGGCCAAUUUCAUAUCGGCUCACUCGGCUUCUACUUUGGUGCUUUAUGGGACCAGCAGCGACAGCGCGACUACUUCGGCAUUGUUCCCGGCAGCUUCAAAGUCGUUUGCGACCCCGACGACCAUUCCAUGGACAUCUCCUUCCGGUCGCAGGGUGCCGUGGUGUAUAAUUUUGAUCCGCCAGAUGGCCACGAGUUGACCGCAGCUGAGGCCCACCUGUACAAGCAUUUGCAGCGUUUCGCCGACAACAAGGAUGAGAUCGAAAUCAAGCUUCGGCUGUUACCUUUCCAGAAGGACAUCGAGCGAUUGAUGUCUGAUCGUGCAAAGGAGUUGAAUCCUGAGAAGCAGCUUACCUCGCACAUCCUCGCGCAGAGUUUCAUGAGCACAGAUCCCAUCUCUCCCGUGCGCUUGCCAGCUUUCUGGCCUUACAAGAAGACGAAGAAUUCCAGCACGGGCUCGCCGAGCGUGCCAAUGCAGUGGGAGCAGACGCUGGAUCGAUGGGCCAUCAUCACUCGCGAGCCACAUGCACCUUUCGUGGUUAUGCCUGUCUAUCCGAGGUUCUUGGACUGCCGACAUGCGUCGUUGUCUCUCGGGUACGGCAUGCUGAAUGAAUUCGAGGAGGCCAAGCGCAAGCUCCUUGCUAUUGAGCACGGCGAUCACGUCUGCAGUUACACUCUCAUCGGCGAAGUUAUUGUGAUCUCGGUCAAGUUCUCGCACCCUCCCCGCAUUGGAUUCGGCGAGACAGAGCACUACAGUCUACCGACCGACACAACAAUCGAGCUGGAGAUCAAGACCGGUGACAGCGAGCAGAACGCAAAGGUCACCGGCGUCAUCAGCGAGAACAUUCUGGCGCAGUCGAAUGCCGACAUGACCGUUUUGGUUGGCCGCCGCGCUGACGUCGAAUCUCUGCGCCACACCGCGAGCAAAUUUCGUACGCACGGUACCUCUACUGGCAAGCACUACCGCUGCAAGCUCAAGGCGGACAUCAGCGUGAACGUGAUCCAGGCGCAGAUUGACGCUAUCAGCAAGGCUUACGAUCCAAUCCGUAUCGACGGUUCAAAGGGCCGCCUCCUCGACUUGCUCUUGUUUGAUGGCACUGCCCACAACAAGAUGACGGAUCCUUUCGAGUGUGUCGGCGAUCCAGCCCUGAYGAAGAAGGCGAAGGAGGCCCUGAUGAAUCCAUUCCCAAAUGAUCCAACGUUCGCCUGGUCGUCGUCUCAGAUUGAUGUCCUCGAUGCCGCACAGGAUCUCACCUGCUCAACAGAGAUUGUUACCGGCUGUGGCGGUUCAGGCAAGACAAUGAUCCAACUCGUCAAGAUCAACGUCACCACCGCCGUCCUGGGUCAAUACGCCCUGGUCACUAGCGACAAGAACYCUGUGGUCAACGAUCUUGCUCUGAAGCUGAUCAAGAUGUUUCCCGAUCUCAAUCCUGUUCGAGCAUUCGCCAAGCAUAAGUCGUUGGCGCAGCUGUCCGAGGAGCGAUACCCCAAGAAAGAACAGAAGGACUCCAGCGCGACUGAGGAGGAGGCUGCACUCUACCAGCUGCUGUACGCCAAGUUCAACGCCCCUCAGGUGAAGCAUCGCGAUCGCGGUCUCGAGGAUAUUUCUGUUGAGGGUCACAUUCAGAGCCUUCUCAACGGCAAGAAGAAGAUCAUGGCGCAACUCACGGAUGGCGAGAUCUCUCCAGGUGUACCAAAGCCGCAUGAGGAUUACCCCGCUCCACAAGACAUGGUUGCUUUCUUCCGCGCUUUCCUCACAGAUGUCGCGAUUCACCCGCUUGGCGAGCGUGUCUCUGCGAGCAGUGCCAGCGAGGUCAAAGUCGAGACCUUGACAGCGGAGGAGAAGAAGACAGAGAACGAGCGUCUAAACCCCGAACAGAGACAGAAGGCCUUCGACGAGCGCCGCGCUGAGCAGGUCAAGCAGCACGCUGAGUGGAAGGAGCUGCCCACGUAUUGGUCUCAAGACUACCUUCGACUUGUUCAGCAAGCUUUGGACUUCUUGCGCCAGUAUGUCAUUCGCAAUGCCGACAUCGUGCUCACUACGCUCAGCAACUGCGCAUCCGAGGAGCUUCGCAAAUUCUUUGCUCCUGACAUSAAGCGCCGCAUCUUCCACGAAUCCGACGAGGCUUUCACUGCUGUUGAGGCGAACAUCCUGAUUGUCCUUACCAUGAUGAACUGCUCGGAUAGAAUCGUCUCCAACGCAUUCUACGGCGACAGACAGCAGCUCGGCCCGACAAUCCUGGGUCAAGCCAAGGACGCCAACACCAAGUCUCCUGGUCUGAAUGAGCAUGGUGGCCAGAUCCGCGUGUCUCUCACGCAACGCCUGAUCACUGCAGGCUUUCCCCUCCAGCAUCUGACCGAGCAGAGCCGCAUGUCAUCACUCGUAUUCGAGCCCUCGAACAAGUUCUUCUACGACAAGCGCAUUACAACCCACCCCGGCAUCAAAUUCGACCUCCCCGACGGCUGGCUAGACCUCAUGCGCAAGGUCCGCGGUGAUGGGGAGGACGUGAUCUUGACACCAGAGCAGCAGCGUCUUCUCUGGAUCGAGGUGCCAGGUGAUAACACACGUCGUACACYCACUGGCUCCAAGGGCAACUGGGCUACUUUCAAUAAGGUUGUUUCCAUGAUCGUGGGCCCUUACCACGACCUUUUCGGCCACAAGAUGAAUGAGCUUGUCACCAUCCACGUGCCAUACACUCGUCAGCGCUUACUCUACGUUGAUUUCCUUGCUGAUCUCCGCGCGAAGCGCGGCUGGGAGCCCAAGGAGCUGCCACGUGUUGUCACCGUCGACAGCGCCAUUGGGACUGAGUGCAAGUUCGCCAUUAUGGACCUCACAAUCGACAGCAUAUCCCUUCGAGGCCAAGGCUUCCUCUCCGAUGCUCGCCGCAUGUGUGUCCUGAUGACCCGUGCUAUUCUGGCACUCACCAUUGUCUCGGGCAUGGCCUCCGAGAWCGAGCCAGAUUAUCGUUACCAGUACAUCAAGGAUGAGCUUACGGCAGUGGCACAGACCAUCCAGGCCAUCCAGUACAAGUUCAAGGAUAAGAAGAAGCGUACAACGUUCGACAAGCACGGUCACGUGGUUCAUGAGAAGGCGCUUCCGUUCUUUAUCGCCCACUAUCGAAAGGAGCAAUGUGUCGUGCAGCCAGAAGUCGACAAGGACCUCRAUAUGCUCGACGCUCCGCGGGACCUUUGGGAUCGCGUUGAGAUUGAAGCCCUCAAGCGCUUCCAGUCUGACAACAACGCUAAGUUCAAGAUCGCGAAGCAUGGCAACCCCAAUACGCCAGAUACUCGCGUUCACGCCGAUGACCUCCACGGAUCUCUCACUUUGACUGACGAGCAGAAGGCCGCGAUCCAUGUGCUCAUCAAGGCAGUCAUUGUGGAUGAAAUUGCCACGACCAAGGCUGCAGCCGAUCUCAACGAGCACCAUUAG